AUGACAAAUUACUGCAUUAGAAAAUGUUCAUUAAUCACCGAAUCUGCUUGCCCCACUAUCUCUUUGUUUAUCCUUCCUUGUCCCACUUUUCUCUGUUAUCCUCUCCUUGACCCAUGCAUCUUCUUUCUUCCCUUCCUUGCUCUGAACUUUCUUUCCACACGCCAUUUUUAUCGCCACCAUCUCUUUACCUGUUUCCUCACUUGUUACCUCCUCCUAUUUCCUUCUCAUUUUCAUCACCCCCAUCUCUUCUCGUUUUUCCUCUUAUUGUUUCCUCCUCGUUUUCAUCGCCCCCGUCUCUAUUCCUGGUUCCUCCUCGUUUUCAUCACCCCUGACUCUUUCACUGUUUCCAUUUUCAUCGCCCCCGACUCUUUCACUGUUUCCUUUUAUUCAUCGCCCCCUCUUUCCCCUGGUUCCUCCUCCUUUUCAUCGCGCCCGUCUCUAUUCCUGGCUCCUCCUCGUUUUCAUCGCCCCUGUCUCUAUUCUUGGUUCCUCCCCCUUUUCAUCGACCCCGUCUCUAUUCCUGGUUCCCCCCCCCUUUUCAUCGACCCCGUUUCUCUUCCUGGUUCCUCCCCUUUUAUCGCUCCCGUCUCUAUUCCUGGUUCCUCCCCUUUCGUCGUCCCCGUCUCUAUUCCUGGUUUCUCCUCUUUUCAUCACCCCGUCACUAUUCCUGACUCCUCCUCGUUUUCAUCGCCCCCCUGUCUCUAUUCCUGA